CCCUAAUUAUUAUCAAUUUCAUUAUUUUCCGGUUUUUUUUUUUAAUGCAGGCACAAGAGAUGAUGAACAAUUACGAGGCCUUGCGGCCAUGGAGCAAGAGGAAAGGUGGAUUCAGGGCUUGCAUGUUUGUUUAUGCCUUGGCGGCCUUGGACAGCAUUGGAUCAGUGGCCAACAUGUGCACAAUGUUUCUCUACUUCAACCUUGUGCUGCAGUUCGAUUUGUCUCAGUCUGCCAACACUUUCACCAACUACAUUGGUUCAACCUUCUUGCUCUCUAUUGUGGGAGGCUUCAUUUCAGAUACUUACUUGAGCAGGCUAGCCACCUGUUUGAGCUUCGGGUGCCUCCAACUAGUGGGACAAGCAAUGAUCACAAUCCAAGCUUACUCAGAUAAGUUGCAGCCCAAUCCUUGUGGCAAGUCCGUGUGCUUAAAAGGUGGUGAGGCUGUUUUCUUCUACAGCUCCCUGUGCCUACUAGCCCUAGGGGCAGGAGGAGUGAGGGGUGCCCUUCCAGCACUUGGGGCCGACCAAUUUGACCCCAGGGAUGAGAAGGGGGCCAAGGGGAUUGCAACUUACUUCAACGGCUACUUACUUAGCACAACCAUUGGAUCCAUUCUGGGAGUCACAGGAGUUGUGUGGAUCAGCAUGAAUAAAGCUUGGUACUGGGGAUUUUGCAUCGGCACAAUCACUUCAUCUCUGGGUUUUCUUCUUCUUGCCCUUGGAAAGCCUUUCUACCUCGUCCAGCCCCGCGGGAAUAGCCCCAUUGCAAGGGUGGCAAGGGUCAUUACGUUGGCAAUUCGGAACCGAAAUCUGUCCUCACCUCAAAAUCCUGAUGAGUUGCAUGAGAUCAGUGACAAAGAAAGAGACCCUUCUGAAGAGAAGAUCUCACACACUGAUCAGUUCAGGUGUUUGGACAAAGCUGCCAUUGUUCAAGAUGGAAUGAAUCCAGAUCCAUGCAGAGUUUGCACCGUGACACAAGUAGAGGAAGUGAAAAUACUAACAAGAAUGUUGCCAAUCUUAGCCAGUACUUUCAUAAUGAAUACAUGCUUGUCCCAGUUGCAAACAUUCUCGGUAAUGCAGGGCUACCGCAUGGACACACACCUUGGUUCUUUCGAGAUACCUUCCGCCUCAAUACCUGUAAUUCCCCUUAUCUUCAUGUCGAUCCUCAUCCCAGCCUAUGAGUUUCUCGUAGUCCCUUUUGCCCGGAAGCUCACUGGCCAUCCGGCUGGGAUCACGCAUCUCCAGCGUGUCGGGGUUGGGCUUGUUCUUUCCGCAGUAUCAAUGGGCAUAGCCGGCAUAGUUGAGGUGAAGAGAAGGGACCAAGCCCUUAAAGACCCCUUGAAGCCCAUUAGUCUCUUCUGGCUUUCCUUCCAAUAUGGCAUCUUCGGCAUUGCGGACAUGUUUACUAUGGUUGGAUUGCUGGAAUUCUUCUACAAGGAGGCUCCUUCAGGGAUGAGAUCUCUAUCCACAUCCUUUGCACCAUUGUCACUCUCUUUUGGAGCCUUUCUAAGCACUGUGCUUGUCAACCUCAUAAACACCAUCACCAAGAGCAUUGCUCCAAGCAAAAUGGGGUGGCUGCAUGGAAAGGACUUGAACGACAACAACUUGAAUCUCUUCUACUGGUUCCUAGCUAUUCUCAGCUGCAUUAACUUUGCAAACUACGUAUUUUGGGCUUCAUGGUACAAGUACAAAGAGGAUGCUUCAGAGCCCCAAAUGGAAGCCAAGGGUCCAAAAUAACAAGUUGGUGAAGAAGGAGAAUUAAGGAGAAGAAAGACAUAAAUAGGAUGAAGAAUUUGCUCCUACAUUGCCAAAUUAUUCUUAUUGGAUGAUGUAUUUUGAUCAAUGAAUAAGAGGGUUUACUUUUUUGUGCCAAAGAGCGUUCUUCCUUCCAACAUAAAAUUUUUUUUUUUUUUUUUUUUGGUUGAAGGUGUUUAAACCAGCCUUGGAUGUCAUCAGUCUUGGAUGUCAUCAGGGCCGGUUCAAGGGAUA